AAUUUCCUGACCAUACCUCCAGUGCACAAUACACAUACGCUCAACUAGCCCACUUCCUGGACCGAGUCACGUGCAACCAACAGGACAAGCCGUCGGACAUCGUGGCCAAGGAGAUCCGGCCUACGUGUCUGGAGGAGAUGAUUGCGCUGGCACCCAGCGCCGCGCUCGCCAAGAUCUCUGCCAAGCUGUUUGACAACCCUACGACGGGGCAGGGCAUUACGCAUAGGCACGCCGAAGCCAUCCUAGCCGCGGUCCGCGCUUGCAGCGUAGGCUCUGUAUGGGCGCGCGGCGUGUGCGCAGGGCGCGCGGGGGGCGCCUUGUGUCGGGUGUCGUUGACCCCGGCGUGGAGGGCCCCGCCGGCGGAAUACGCGGCCACGUUACCGCUGUCGCAUCGACUGGCACUGAAGCUUGAGGGCGUUGUGCUGCCGGCUGUGCCGCUCAGCAAACGCCAGCCUCAGCGUCAAGUCAAAGGAGUACAAAUCACGGUCACCGCCACACCUCACCCUCGAAGCAAUGAAAAGACGGUGGAGCUUACAAACAUCCAGCCAGCCCUAACAGCAGUUCAAACAGUAACACCAGUGCGCGACUUCUUCGCGGCGCAGCAACUGGUCGGCGUCAACGCUGCUGGCCUCUACACUGUGGCUGUGGAAUGCGCCUUCGUGGACGAGCGCGGGGAACUGUGGAACACCGGGCCUAGGACUUCUAUUGUCAUCAAGGCUCACGAGGAUCCAACUGCGAAAGGCAUCGUCCAAAACACACGUAGUCGUUUCUGACUCGACCAAAACGACUUCCUUUAAAUAUUAACCUGAAUCUUUGCGAUAAAAUCCAUUUAAACAAGUAUUU